AUGGGCAUCGCUGUGCUUCCAUUACGAGACUCGAAGGAGACUCGGAAGCUCAAGAAGAACGUUACACGCCGUGACUCAGAACCCUCGGUGGGGAAGUAUCUGCCAUUUGGGUUCGCUAGGCCCUUGUCUUGGGUGAAAGGAAAGCGCAACGCGAAUGAAGGGGCCAGUGCAGAUGCAGCCGCAUGGGAGCAGCAACGUAUUCAGGAUCCGAACGACGCACAGAUUACGGCACACGCUAUUUCACGGGAUAGCACACCUCCACCUCACCACAUCACAUCCGCCACCGCUCAAUCAAAGAGUUCCUUUAGCCCCUAUCAACGCACCACUCCCACGCAAUCUGCCCCGAACAUCCACCUACAAGACCAUUCCCCCACUUCCCUUCAACCCUCACCACGUAACCCAUCCCCCGCCUUCUCCACAACCUCCAGCCUCAUCUUCCCCGGCCGAGAAAUAACCCCCGCCGCCUACUUCGCGCGCACAAACCGCCCCCGAAAGAACCUCCAGCCGCGCCAGCUCACCCCACCACCAGGCCUAGAACCAGAAAAAGAUCCCUACAUGUGGCUCGCCUGGGACCGCGGCCGUAAAAGGCAGCAAGACAAGACUGAUCGUAUCCUAGGGGGCAAAGACAGUAGCUUGCAUAGACAAGAUAGCGGGAAUGCGAGUUGGUAUGAUGGGUUUCAGAAGAUGAUGAAGGAGGAGGAAGCGAAGGCGACCAAGGAAGAGAAGAAAGCGAGGAAGAAAGAGGAGAAGGUGAGGAAGAGGGAGGAGAAGGAAGAGAGGAUACGUAAGGAGGGUAGGGAGAAGGAAGAGAGGAUACGGAAGGAGAAUGAGGUUAGGGAGGCGCUGAGGAAAAAGGGGGAUUUUGCUGGUGGGUACUUGCCGAGGUAUGUGUGA